AUGGUGGGUUUUGAAAGGAGUGGAGCCUUGCAGAAUAGUGAACAGGCUCUGCUGCAUCUAUUUUGUUCCUCAUCCCCUGGCCGCCACCUCUCCAAAGAUCUUAAAANUGGGGUGGAAUGUGAAGGGCUUGAAUCCUUGUGCAUUAAGGAUCAAACACUUAGUAUUGAAAAUGCAGAGAAGAUUGUUGGUUGGGCUAUAAGCCGACAUCUCAUGCAGAAUGCUGAAACUGAUCCUGAUGCAAAGCUUGUGUUGUCUUGUGAGAGCAUCCAGUAUGGAAUUGGCAUCUUACAGUCUAUCCAGAAUGAGUCAAAAAGCCUGAAGAAGUCUCUUAAGGAUAUUGUAACAGAAAAUGAGUUUGAAAAGAGGCUUUUGGCUGAUGUUAUUCCACCUAACGACAUUGGUGUUACUUUUGAGGAUAUUGGAGCUCUUGAAAACGUCAAGGAUACAUUGAAGGAAUUGGUUAUGCUUCCUUUACAGAGGCCUGAGUUAUUUUGCAAAGGGCAAUUAACCAAGCCAUGCAAGGGCAUUCUUUUAUUUGGUCCUCCUGGAACAGGCAAGACAAUGCUUGCAAAGGCAGUUGCUACCGAAGCUGGUGCAAAUUUCAUCAACAUUUCCAUGUCGAGUAUCACAUCUAAGUGGUUUGGUGAGGGCGAAAAAUAUGUGAAAGCUGUUUUUUCCCUGGCAAGUAAAAUUGCUCCUAGCGUGAUAUUUGUUGACGAAGUUGAUAGCAUGUUGGGCAGGAGGGAAAAUCCUGGGGAGCAUGAGGCCAUGCGAAAGAUGAAAAAUGAAUUCAUGGUGAAUUGGGAUGGCUUACGCACGAAGGAUACUGAGAGAGUUCUGGUGCUUGCAGCCACUAAUAGGCCUUUUGACCUAGAUGAAGCUGUCAUAAGGAGGCUGCCUCGGAGGUUAAUGGUAAAUUUGCCAGAUGCUCCAAAUAGAGCAAAAAUAUUGAAAGUCAUACUGGCAAAAGAAGAUUUGUCUUCUGGUCUUGAUUUGAAUGCAAUUGCAAGUAUGACUGAUGGAUAUUCCGGAAGUGACCUUAAGAAUUUGUGUGUAACUGCUGCACAUUGUCCAAUUAAAGAGAUAUUAGAGAAGGAAAAAAAGGAACAGGCUGCUGCUCUGGCAGAAGGUAGACCUGCUCCAGCAAUAAGUGGAAGUGCAGAUAUCCGAUCUUUAAACAUGGAAGAUUUCAAGUAUGCUCAUCAACAGGUGUGUGCAAGCGUUUCCUCUGAAUCCGUAAAUAUGACGGAGCUUCAACAAUGGAAUGAACUAUACGGUGAAGGUGGUUCAAGAGUAAAAAGAACAUUAAGCUAUUUCAUGUGAGAAAACCCUUUGUACAAAUGUUUUUCCUAUUGCUGCCCCUCAUGUUCUAGAAGCCUCCAGUAUUUGUAGUUUUGUGCCGGCCUCAUAACGCUUGCAGGGCUUGAUGCCGAGCCCGUUUCGUUUAUAAGGUGAAAUAUAGGUUUUUCGAGUAUUUUUUUAUCCUAACCUGUGGGAUGGUGGGUUUUGAAAGGAGUGGAGCCUUGCAGAAUAGUGAACAGGCUCUGCUGCAUCUAUUUUGUUCCUCAUCCCCUGGCCGCCACCUCUCCAAAGAUGUGUGUUGAAAAUGUCUCUCCCAAAACAAGAGUCAUAACGACCCCUGUGAAAGCAUUUAUUGCCCCUCCUAAUGGAAAACAAACAAUAAGCAUUUAGAUCAUCCCUGCUUUCUGUCGUAUGUACAUAUGCAUCAUAUCAUAGAAAAUCCCUUAGUUCAAUCUCCUUCGCAAUGCAAAAUUUAUUCAACUUUCAAUACUGGCAAUACUCGGAACAGUUAUUAAUGA